AUGACUACAAAAAAGAUAACAUGGAAAUCCAUGAUCUUGAUCUUAAAUUGUUACAAGAGUAAAUACCCUUUGGAGGAAUCAAAGAAACAAGUUUUGAAACAAGGUUCUUUUCAAAGACUAUGUUUAUCAGAUAUAAGCAAUUCAAGUUCAACUCAAGCUAUUGAAGAUAUUUCAGUUUCUUUUGCUGGCUCUAAGCUUCAUGCAUUCACACUUGAGGAGCUUAAAGAAGCAACACAUGGUUUUUCAUGGAGUAAUAUGUUGGGUGAAGGCGGUUUCGGUCCGGUUUAUAAAGGUUUUGUUGAUGAUAAGGUUAGACAAGGCUUAAAGGCUCAAACUGUUGCGGUUAAAUGCUUGGAUUUGGAUGGUUUGCAGGGUCAUAGAGAGUGGCUGGCAGAGAUUAUAUUUCUCGGACAGCUAAGGCAUCACCAUCUUGUGAAGUUAAUUGGAUAUUGUUGCGAAGAUGAACAUAGGCUUUUGGUGUAUGAGUACAUGCCAAGAGGUAGCUUGGAGAGUCAACUAUUCAGAAGAUAUGCUGCUGCUAUGCCAUGGUCAACAAGGAUGAAAAUUGCAUUAGGUGCUGCUAAGGGUUUGGCUUUUCUUCAUGAAGCAGAUAAGCCUGUAAUAUAUAGAGAUUUCAAAGCUUCAAAUAUCUUACUAGACUCUGAUUAUACGGCUAAACUCUCGGAUUUUGGACUAGCUAAGGAUGGUCCGGAAGGGGGAGAAACACAUGUCACAACGCGCGUAAUGGGAACUCAUGGUUAUGCUGCUCCUGAGUACAUCAUGACAGGUCAUCUUACAACAAAGAGUGACGUGUAUAGCUACGGAGUGGUUCUAUUGGAAUUGCUUACCGGAAGAAGGGUAGUGGACAAGUCCUUAGAAUCAAAAAGAGGCAAGAGCUUGGUAGAAUGGGCAAGACCUAUGUUGAGAGAUCCAAAGAAACUUGACAGAAUCAUAGACCGUAGACUCGAAGGACAGUUUCCUAUGAAAGGAGCUUUGAAAGUUGCUAUGUUGGCUUUUAAAUGUUUGAGUCAUCACCCAAAUCCAAGACCUUGUAUGAGUGAUGUUGUUAAGAUUUUGGAAACACUUCAAGAUUUUGAUGAUGUUUUUGUAGGUCCAUUUGUUUAUGUUGCUGUAAGUGAAAAUGGUGACAAAGAUCAAAUAUAG